AUGCUUGUCCACCAAAGCAUUGAGGAAGAUGUGUUUGAGCCACUGGUGUUGCGUGUUGCUGAAAUUAGACGCCGCUUCUUUGGGAUAGUGAGCUCAUCUGAAAAUGACGGAAGGGGUCCUACAAUGCAUGAACUUCCAGAAAAGAUCAGAUGGGAAGUGCAACAUCUUGAAGAAUUGUUUGAGGGGAUCAAGGAAGACAAGGAGGGGGUCUAUGAGAGCAUUACGUAUGUUAGCAUGGCAGUCUCUAAGUGGCAAAGAAGAUUGGGGAUAGUAUACCGGAAUGCAUCUGGAGCUCCUGCACCUUUUGAGGGAAUGAAAUGGGCAGUGGAGCAUCAUGAGGGGUGGGUUGAGGAUGGUACCACAUCAGAAGCCAAUACUGAGAAACUGUCUUUUGAUGAACAUGAGUUUUUUGAAUCACUUCGAUACCUUAAGACUGCAGAAGGUGGUUCAGAAGCUCGUUUCCUGGAUGGUAUCAAGACUGGAAUGCAGUGUAUCAACGAUGUUCUUGCCACCGUACAAUCAAGAACGGAAGCAGCCAAUGGGAGCUUGCGUAUUGUAGACCAUGUCUUCUCCCCAGUACUGAAACUUAUAAAAACCAUUGAUCAUCUAGUAUCAGUAGCUACUGAGGGCGGAGACAAAUCUCAGAACUAUAAGUUCCUUGCCAAGAUUGAUGGUCAAGUAGACUGCUUGCAGGAUGCACUACAUGUGAUUGAUAUAAAUAAGAGAGAAGUUGAGGAAAGCUUUAGAACAAUGGAAGGUCUCAUCUUGCCACUAUUGUCACGCCUUAACGCCAGUUGCAAUGUUCAAUUGGAACCUCUGAGCUUCCAAGAUGAGAUCGAAAAAGGCAUUAAGCACUUGGUAGAUGUACUUGGCAUGGUUGAGAAAAAGAAGCAGGAUGGAAAUGCAAACUUCAGCAUUGUUAAUGCGGCCUUCUCGCCGUUAUUGACAUGUUUGAACACCAUCAGGCACCUCUCAUUAGAAGCCUUAGCCCAUGAAGAUAAAUCAGGUGCUUUUAUUCUCUUGGGCAAUAUCAGCGAUGAGUUGUCACAGCUCAAAGAUGUACUCCAGAAGGUCCAGGAGAAAGAGAAAGGGAUAUACAGUAAUUUUGAUGCCAUUGAGCAACAUAUUGAUGAACUUUUUGAGGGGCCUAUGAUAGAUGCCGAAGGCUCCUUAAAACUUCAGCAGAUGGGUGGCCUGCGAGAAAAGUUCCGUGUGAUUCAUAAAGAGAUAACAAAUAUAUGGGGUAAGGUGAAUGACUCUUUCAAGGUUCAGGAUGUCUCCAUCAGAUUGAUGGCUGCAAGACAUGAAGCUUCAUCUUCUCGUCCAUUGUCAGCACCAGAUACAUUCAACAUUAACAGGGAAAAUGUGGAGAUGCGGAAGCUGAAGGGUAGCAUUAAUGGACUGGAGACGAGGUUGAGACAGUGCCUUUUGUGCCUUGCUGUCUUCCCAGAGGAUGCAGUCAUCAAGAAGAGGCUGCUAAUUCAUUGGUGGAUUGGAGAAGGCUUUGUGAGUUCAGUUUCAGAGGGGAAGAAUUUUUUUAAUGAGCUGCUUAUUACCAAGGGAUUCAUUAAGCCAGUUAAGAAAUACCACUGCGACAAAGUCCACGGGUGCAAGGUGCAACCGUUGAUCCGUGCGCUACUGAUUGAAGCUGCAAAGAGUGCAGCAUUUGUUGAGCUCAAUUCUGAUGGCAGCUCCAAGAAUGACUUCACCAGAACCCGGCGUGCAUGUUUGCAGGAUGGGAAGAUCCUUACCAGUUUCCAUCGCGAUGUGUUGACAGUUUACAAUAUUAAACAACAGUAUCUUGAGUUAGACAAGACAUGGUUUUCUGGAAAGACAUGUUUGAGCACUGUGCAGUUAGGACGAUGGCAGGAUACAAAUUAUGACCCUCGGGUGCAUCACGUAGAGUUGAACAAUGUUGAGUUCCUAAAGCAGGUCAAGUCGUGCAAGCAAUUGAAGUACCUGAGUUUCAGAGGGAUAUCGAGAAUCGAGGCCCUUCCUACCUCGAUUGGAAAGCUCACAAGACUUGUCAUCCUUGAUCUCAAAGCAUGCCAUAAUCUGGAGGAUCUACCAAAGGAGAUAGUGAAACUAGUGAAGCUGGAGUACUUGGACGUUUCUGAAUGCUACUUGCUGUCAGGUAUGCCCAAGGGGCUAAUCAAGCUUUCUCACCUUGAAGUUCUCAAGGGGUUUGUUCUGGCAAACACUAGGAGCAAAGACCCGUGCCAUCUCAAGGAACUUGUCAUGCUGAAAAAAUUACGGACGCUGAGCAUUAGAAUUGGAAAUAGUGUAGAUAGUGAUCAGUUUGAGAAAAUUAACGAGUUUUGUGCCCUCCGGUCGCUCACACUUACUUGGGGGGCUGGGUUAUCCUCGGUACCUGCUAUACACGGUGACAAUCGUCUUUCAAGAUCAAGCAGUGCUGCUACUCUUGCUGUUAAUCAUGCAAUGCCUUCUGUUCUCCCCUCGGGUCUUGAGAAGCUGGAGAUCUGUUGCUUCCCAGUAGCAGAAUUUCCUUGCUGGGUUAAUCCUAGAGAGCUGAAAAACUUGAAGAAACUCUAUAUCAGGGGAGGUAUCAUAAGUAGUGUAGGCGAGGACAAGUACUGGGAGGUGACCGUGCUUCGGUUAAGGUUCCUCAAGCAUCUCAACUAUUCAUGGACGGCACUGCAUGAUACUUUCAUGAAACUCCAUGUUUUGGAGGUGCAUGAAUGUGAAAAUCUUGAAACCUGGCCUGACUGUCAAAAGGACUUGUGGCUGAAAGAGACGAAUGGAAUUAUGGAAGGUUCGCACCUCGCUUAA